AUGGUUCCUAAUCCACACUUAUCUUCAUCUUCUUCAUCAAAUCCACUUUCAUCUUCUUCUUCUUCUUCCAUCAACUCAUCAUCCAACACUUCAUCACCUAAUCAGAACUCAAUCAAUUCUUCAAUCUCAAUCACUCCUUGGAAUGAUCAUUCAUCUUCAACUCUAAACACUACCAAUCAUGAUAAAACUUCAACUUCUUUAUUAUCAGAUCCAAACACGGCUGCUGCUGCUGCUUACUAUCUAGCUGAUCAUUCUCAACUCGAUAAUCUCUCAGAUUCAAAUCAUCAUCAAAUCAUCAAUCAUGAUCAUCAUCAUCAUCAAAAAGCUUUACCUACUACAAAUCAUUAUCUUAAUCAGACUUCGAAUUCGAUCCAUCCUAAUUCUAAUCCGAACAGUAAUCCUAUCAAUCAAUCUAAUCCUUCUUCUAAUCUUAAUCAUCAUGAUCCAAUCUCAACUUCUUCGAAUGAUAAAGAUAAAACUAUACGAAAAAAUUCAACUCGAUCAAAUCAAAACACCAUCAAGACUGUCUUUGGUGGAUUAGUAAGCUCAAUGAAUGAUUUAUUAUCAAAUCAAAAAAAAGUAGAAGUCUCAGCACCAUAUGAUCCAGUUCAUCUAACACAUGUAGGAUUUAAUUCAAAUACAGGAGAGUUUACGGGUUUACCAAAAGAAUGGCAAGUUAGAUUACAAGAAUCUGGGAUUUCAAAACAAGAACAAGAAGCUCAUCCUCAAGCUGUGAAAGAUAUUGUAGCGUUUUAUCAAGAUGCAACUAAAGGUGAUGGUGAAGUUCAAUUUGAUGAUGUUUGGCAUAAGUUUGGUCAUCAACAAGUUGAGAUUGAUCAACCAUCACCUAUUGAAAAGAAUGGAAAAGUUAACUUUGAAAACCCAAGAUCUGCACCUAUUCCACCUCUUAAAACAAAAACUUUAUCAAGAAAAUCAUCCACUACUCCAUCGCGACAAGCAUCAAGAGGCGCCAGUCCAGUUUCGCGAACAAGACCUACAUCACUAGAAGUCAGCGAAGCAAGUUCGAGUCCGAUCCCAUUAACCAAACCAUUACUCGAUCGAUCUAAAUCCACCAACACACAUGCAUGUCCUAGUCCAGCCAAACUCCAUAACUUACCAGCUCAUCCACAUCGAGCAGCUCCUCCGACACCUAAAUCAUCAUCUUCAAUCAUUCCAUCUAAAUUAGCUAAAGCUGCUUCGAUGAAAGCCACCGGAUCUGCGCCUCUUCCAACUACUACUUCUCAUCAAACUCAACCACAUCCUCCGGCUUCUGCUGCAAGGAAAAGAGAAGCAAAAGCUCCAAAGGUUUCAGAUCAAGAGAUCAUCGAUCGACUUCGAGCGAUCUGUACGGAUGCAGAUCCUACUAAACUGUAUCGAAACUUGGUGAAGAUCGGACAAGGUGCAUCAGGAGGAGUUUAUACAGCAUAUAAGUUAGGUACUAAUGAAUCAGUAGCCAUCAAACAAAUGAAUCUUUCACAACAACCUAAAAAAGAUUUAAUCAUCAAUGAGAUUGUAGUGAUGAAAUCAUCAUCACAUCCUAACAUUGUGAAUUUCAUUGAUGGAUUCUUGGUGAAAUCCAUUGAACUUUGGGUCGUUAUGGAGUAUAUGGAAGGAGGUAGUUUAACAGACGUAGUGACUUGUAAUAUCAUGUCUGAAGGACAAAUCUCAGCGGUUUGUAGAGAAGUGAUUUGUGGUUUGAAUCAUUUACAUGCUCAUGGAGUGAUUCAUCGGGAUAUUAAGAGUGAUAAUGUCUUGUUAUCAUUAAAAGGUGAUAUUAAAUUAACCGAUUUUGGAUUCUGUGCACAGAUUAAUGAAGGAUCUGCUAAACGAACUACAAUGGUUGGAACACCUUAUUGGAUGGCACCAGAGGUUGUUACACGAAAAGAGUAUGGACCGAAAGUGGAUAUUUGGUCAUUAGGAAUCAUGUGUAUAGAAAUGGUAGAAGGAGAACCACCAUAUUUGGCGGAUAAUCCAUUAAGAGCAUUAUAUUUGAUUGCAACUAAUGGAACACCAAAGUUAGAUGAAAGUAAAUAUUCAAAACUUUUAUUAUCAUUUUUGUGGGAAACUUUGGAAGUCGAUUCGGAUAGAAGACCCGAUGGGUUGAGUUUAUUGAAACAUUCGUUUUUAAAGGUUUCUGAAGAUUUAAGAUCACUUGGUCCAUUGAUUAGAGCUGCUAGGGAUCAGAAAAGGACUGGGUCUUGA